AUGUCUCACUUGAAAGGUCGGAAUGACCUUGACCUUGAUGACUUGCUUGGUCACCUACCAUUCACCAAUGUCGAGGACGCAGGCCAAAAGUUGUACCUUGGGGAACCCAAACGGGAAAGUGUGCCGUUCGAGACCAAUCUGACGACUAAUUCGGCUGCUUCUCAACCGCCUCAAGGUUGCUCAAGUCCCACCGCAAAAGAGUGGGAGAAAAUUACUCCGACCUUUGAUACGGUAUGGAAGGCGGCCUUGGAGGUGUGGUCCUGGCCGAAUGCUCAGAAGUGCAUCAUAACUCUGCUGCGCGAAGGGCGGCCCCUUGUGGCUGAUCACCUGGUCAAUCUCCAGGAGAAUGGGCUGCUCAAAUGGCAGUGCAUCCUUGCGAAUCACUCGACUUACGGCGCCAACAAGAUGUACUUGGUUUACUCCGACGAGGAUUUUACGCCCUUUGUCGCUGCGGUCCUCAAGAAGCCGGGAUCGAAGGUGACAAUCAAGCUACUGAUGGACUACCCGGCAAGGUCAGCUAGGAGAAAGCAGGCUGAACAGUCACAGGAUAAUAGCCUUGCAAUGUCCUAUGCGCCUAAUGAUGAGCGCUUGGCCUUACAUAGGUUGCAAACUGAGUCACUUCACAUCAAGGACCCGGCGAACCCGGCGUGCUCAAUGCGAUUCACUCGAGAUGGCCUCUAUGUGUGGAGUCGAGCCUUGGUUCACAAGGCAAAAGGCGUGACAAACAAGAUUCCCCCAGUGACCAAGGAGUUCAUGUUGGAGCCAAUCACGAUUUACACUCAGGCCGAAAAAAGUGCGCUCGCUAACCGCCGAGGUGGCAAGGCCCAGUCUGCAAGGCCGGCCGUUUCCGACGAUGACCCGCGGUCGAUCCCUGCGACCCCUAUGGGGACCAUUAAUCGUCCUCCUGGCAGCCGAUCCAGUACCGACAUUGGGGUCUGGUCAGCUGAUCGAUCACCGGCUCGCAAGAUUGCCCGGAGCCCCGGUGGGGGUGGCAUCAGUGUCGGUCGCUUGGACUAUAAUACUUCUGGUCCUUCCCGCGGCGCACCCAAGACCUUGCCCACCAGGAAGAUAGCCGGCUCAAAUGGCACCGCAAGUGUGGGCUCGGCGGGGACCAGUCAGGUCUUAUCCAUGGGAUCUGGCCCAAGUGCCAUGUUAUCCAUGGGGUCGGCUGUCCUGAUUCCCCCCAGGAGGUCUCUCCCGCCUCUGAACGACUUAGGACGGGCGCUUGGUAUGGAAACGUUCUUGGACCUGUGUAACUUCCAGAGGGACGACUUGGUCCCACACGUGUUGAUCAACAUGGCCCAUAUCAGGCAUUGGGAGUUUUUUUACCGCAACACCAAUGUGAUCCAACUGCAGAGAAUGGGUUUCCCAUACCCUAUUGCCUCACAGCUCAUGAAUGGAGCCGAGUAUGUGGGUGCAACUCAUACUGAAGCCCCCACGGACGAACCAACAGACAAGGCCGCGAAUGACACCAGACAAGAUGGGCCAGGCAAAGACAACGAUCAGGAAGACCCGACUGCCAACCUCGCGGGUGGCAACACGCAGGAUCCUGCCCUUUCCCCAGAGUACUAA